CAUUCUCAAAUUUCGUUUAUAAAUACACACACGAUGCUUUGUAAUAACUUGGAAUAGAGAAAGAUAACCUUAAAAGUUGAAUUUGUAUAAAAGAGAAGAUUCUUCUUAAUAACCAGAAUCAAUACGACAAGUAAAUCGGCAUACAGUGUGUUGUUUAUUCAGAAAGAUCAGCACAGCAUGUCUGUAUCAGGUACAAAUACAAGUUUUGGAUUUGAACAGCCAAGAUUGGUUGCCAAGAAAAUCUUGGCCAAGCCUCAGAAUGAAGGUGAUGGUGCUGUUGUUAGAAGAAGCAUAGGAAGGCCUGAGUUGAAGUCUUUGGAUCCCUUCCUCAUGCUGGAUGAAUUUGAAGUUUCACCUCCUGCUGGAUUUCCUGAUCAUCCACAUAGAGGUUUUGAGACUGUUACAUACAUGCUACAAGGUGCAUUCACUCAUCAAGAUUUUAUGGGUCACAAGGGCACAAUACGAACUGGCGAUGUGCAAUGGAUGACUGCAGGAAGGGGUAUAAUUCAUUCGGAAAUGCCUGCAGGAGAAGGUGCUCAAAGAGGUUUGCAGUUAUGGAUAAAUCUCUCGGCCAAGGACAAAAUGAUCGAACCUAGGUACCAAGAACUAGUGAGUGAGGACAUCCCAAAGGCAGAGAAAGACGGGGUUGAGGUUAAAAUCAUUGCAGGGGAAUCAAUGGGUGUUUACUCUCCAGUUUAUACUCAAACUCCAACAAUGUAUCUCGAUUUCACCCUAAAGCCCAAUGCUCAACAUCAUCAAAGCAUCCCGGAAUCUUGGAAUGCUUUUGUAUACAUAAUUGAAGGUGAAGGGGUCUUUGGUCUACAGAAAUUGGCGCCCAUAAAGGCUCACCAUGUCUUGGUUUUAGGUCCGGGAGAGGGUCUCAGUGUAUGGAACAAAUCUUCCAAUCCAUUGAGAUUUAUUUUGGCAGGUGGGCAGCCACUCAAUGAACCAGUGGUUCAGCACGGUCCUUUUGUUAUGAACACACAAGCUGAAAUAGACAAGACUAUCGAAGACUAUUCUUACAGCAAGAAUGGGUUCGAAAUGGCAAGACACUAGAGAUCUCAAUGAGUUAGCUAAAGCUCCAAAACGCUGAGGGGCAAGAGCUUCCCGAAGUCUAUAUAUGCAGCCACUAUUUACAAGUCAUGAACUCUGAGCUUAUUUUGGCUGUUUUUUUCUUUUUAAAUUCAAUGGAUGAUAUAUUUUUUUAUCCUUGUUCCUUGUCAUGUUUUCAAAAUUGAUUCUUA